UCGAUUUUAAUUUCCGUCUUUUUUUUUAAAUUUUGAUGUUAAUGGUAAACAAAUGGAAAAUAAAAUCUGUUAAAGUGUUACAUUGUUUUUGUGUUUUACCGUAAAUUGUACGUAAAAAUUGCUAGAAAAAGCAAAAAUGAUCCACGACAUAUUAUUUACGUUGUUUUCUGCAAAUUCGGAUCUACCAAUUGAGAAUUUUACGAUUCCAGAAGUCGCGGCCAAUUUUUUGCACCCAGGGGAAAUAAAAAUUCUCGAGGAUCUGAUCCGAAUCGCCAACCAGUACAAGGAGUUGAAGAAGUUCAUCCAUCAGUAUGGAACGCAAUCAGCCGGCUUAGUAAAACCAAAACAGCAGAAACCUUCGGAGGAACCUCUUCCACAGGGAUUGUAUUUGCAAGCAUUUGCCGAUGGGUUGGACCUGGCAGUAAAACCGUAUCGUGAUUUGAUAGUGCAUCUGGAGGCGUACUAUUUGAAGAGACCGAACCUGUCGUUGAUCUUUAUUUACCACCAGGUAAACCAGUACCAGUCGUUGUUCGGAUUUCUACUUAGAUUAGUUAGCGGAGUUGUCACGCAACGAAUCCAUGGAUGUGCACUGCUGCAGUAUUUGCAACAAAAUUGUCUGCACGGGAACGAAAAUCAUUACCAGGCUGUUAAGUUGAUUCAGAAUGCAGUUUACGCCAUAUUCAUUAAACAAUUAUUCGGCUGGCUGCUGCACGGCAAAUUUGUCGAUCAGUUUGGCGAAUUUUUCAUCCAGCAUGUAGACAAUGCAAAAACCGGUGGGAUUGGUUCUCUGCAAGGUACCACUGGAGGAACCGGAACCCAUUUAUCGGUGAACUCAUUUUCGGACAAUACAAGCAUUAAUACGGAACUAUGGCGGUACGAAGUGCGACACGAAAUACUUCCUUACUAUUUCCCUAUGAGCUGGGCGGAAAAAGUAUUAUUCGUUGGACAAACGGUACUGAUGCUGAAUUGCGAUCCAAGAGAUCAUACCGAAAAGCGGAGUAGCGGCGAAAGGAAGUUCGCUGCUCUAAAAGAUAGUUUAUGGGGCGAUCAAGAAUGUGUGUUCUUUAAGAAGUUUCACCAGCUUCAGUCGGAUGCAAACUUGAACAUUGCUAAAUUUGAGCACAUAGUAGAUGAGAUCAAACUGUGCGUUACGGAGCAAAUGUCUGAGAUCGCUAUUAAAGAAGCCGAUCUGAUCAAGCAGCUUAAGUUGAUUAAAGACUACUACUUACUUGGCAGAGGCGAACUUUUUUCAGAGCUAUUGAGACAAACAAAAUCUCUCAAAACGUUGUUCUCCAAAGGUAUAACAGAUGGAUCGUCAAGAGAUAUGAAUCGAGCAUUCCAAUUAGCAGCCAACAGCGUCAACAUAACCGAAGAUGUCGAACAGUUUUCGUUUGUCUUGCCUCCCAAAGAGGAAGUAGAUAGUUUCUGCUACGAAACCAAGGGAAACCUUAGCUACAUCACUCUAAAGUACAAAGUAAAGUGGCCUCUGCAUUUGUUGUUCUCUCCAAAGACCCUUGACAAAUACAAUGAAAUGUUUAGAUUUCUGUUGCGAAUUCGCAAGAUUCAGUACGACAUUCAUCAGGUUUGGUCAUUACAGCGAGAGAACAAAGUGAAGAAAAAUUCUGAACUGCUCCAGCUCCGCAACAAAUUAAUGUUCCUCAUUGAUAACUUGCAGUAUUAUCUCCAGGUAGACGUUCUGGAGAGUCAGUUCAGUAUCCUAAUGGGCGCUAUUGGAGAAACGAAAGACUUCGAACGGAUCCAACGUGCCCAUACGGUGUUUCAAGCGAAUGUGUUAGGUCUUUGCUUUUUGUUCUCAAAUAAUUCCUCCGACAUGACAACCACGGGAAUCAUCCAGGUUAAUGAGAACCCCGUGUUGACCAUUCUGGACAAAGUGUUGGUAAUCGUGGACAAAUUUUGUUCGUUCUGCAGUAGCUGCAAGGAUCCUAUGACCAAAAUGGAACGACAGGAAUUCAACGGAUACGAUCAAGCGUUUAAAAGCCACGUUGACUCAUUGCUACAGCUUUUGAUUGGUCUAAAGGCAGGCCCCAGUAGUGCUCCGCUAUCUCAGUUGUUAUUACGCUUGGACUUUAAUCACUGGUUUAGUAACAAUACACAAACUCAAUCAAAUUAGGAGGUAACAUAAAAUAAGGCUUUAUUGAUCAACUUCCAUUUUCUGUAAAUGGGUCUUCAUGAGGAUGCACUUAGUCAUCACGCAGUCGCAAGGUAAGCCAUGUUCUUCCUUUUCCACGUCUAGCAGUGUCAGUUGCAAAUUGUAUCUAAAAUAAUAAUAAUGCAUCGUUAGAAA